GCAGACUCAUGCCCUAGGCAUCGCUGAGUGCAUUUGGCCGGGGGCUGCAGAUCUACGUCGAGUUGAAGGCACACAAGUCUCGAGGCCUGUAAUUAUUGGGCGCCUGUAUAUGAUCAUAGGAGGAUCGGAGAGAUCAGAGUCAGAGCCUGAUCGAGAUCCGCACAUCCCUGUGCAGCCAUGUCCAAACGGCGAGCAGAGAAGAUUGGCUCUCUCUUGUUCUGCCCAGACUGCGGAACUCUCCUUAACUUGCCGCGGGACGACGAGAACGAGGUCGCAUGUGAGCAGUGCGGACACAUCGAGCCUGCGAGCUCAUACGAAAAUAUCACCGUGAUCACCAGGUCGCAUCCUGAUGCUUUCCCGUCCGCGCUGAGGCAGAAGGGCAAGACCCAGACGAAGAUGCACGACAGCGAGGCGGCUCUGCUACUGGUCACCGAGAAGUGUCCAAGCUGUGGCCAUAUGGAAGCGUAUUCGAAGGAGAUGCAGCUUCGCAGUGCAGAUGAAGGUUCUACAAUCCUCUACACCUGCGCAAAAUGCAAACAUGGCUGGCGUGUUAACAACUGAGUGAGCAGCCCCGCAAUAUAAAAUCACACGAUCAACCCCGCCCUGGUUCCGCGUUGGCUGGUUCCGCGUUGGCUGGCCGGGGUAGGCACCGGCAAAAAGAUGCUACAGCACACUGGCAAGUUUUUAGCCUUGAGAUUGAUGUGCAGAGCAAAAAUUGUCUUUGCAAUUCACAAACUUUCAGGGCUUGCCGGAAUGUAGGACUUGCCAGAUUUAUAUGGCGAGGAAACACCCCCAGGAGGGCUAGACCCGACAGGGCAGCUUGGAACUAGAACAUGUAAUAGCUUGAAGCGUUUGGCUGCACGACAGCGUCCAAAGUCUUAUCGUCCCAUGCGUAGCCGUGAUUUAGCACAGCAAUAAUAACGUUACAAGAAUGUUUAUUCCCAUGGCUGCCUUUUUCUCGCCAGCGAAUGAUCAUGGGUGCAUAGUACGGAUGGCGUCCUUAAGCCGGGUAUUUUCGAAUGCGCUCUAUAAGUAGACACCGACGGAGCAGAAGAGAGCGACGACGCCGAAGCCGCCGAGGAUGCUGGCUGUGGACGCGACAGCGAGCUCUCGGAGUGGGACGGUCGCCUUUGGCAAUCUGUGGAGACAUGAGCGACGUGCCUCGUGCGCAAUGAGAAAGGAGCACCGCUGACGUGGAGAAAUAGAAUGCCAGUCCGAAGGUCGCAGUGAGGAGAACGAAAGCGAGGUAGGGCAGGAGCCCGACAGGGACAAUGGGGCUGAACGCCGGGAUUUGCCUGUGCAGCGACUGCAGACGGUAUAAGGUAUGUCAGGGGGCGGAGCAAGAGAGAGAACAUACGGAAACGGUGUCGUAGUCUGCCAUGCUGGGCGUGGAGAGAUGAGCGUAGACGACCAGGUCUGGAGCCCUAGC